GUGGCUUGCGAGUUCAUGUCACCAUUGCUGAUUUUUGCUUUCAGCGAGCACUUGCAAUGGUACCAGCAGUGAAGCAGGAGGAAGCCGUCAGCACUAACGAUAUUUGUUAUGAAUACAAAAAAAAACGUAUAGUGGUGGUAUACUAAUUUCUGAAUCGAAAAGUAUAUGCACGUACAUGCUGGACAAGACAAACUCUGAUCAUUUCGCCAUGGAUCCAGCGUUAGCACCUCAUCACCAGCAGCUGCAAGACCAAGAGCAUGAUCAAGUUGGAUUCACGACCAUGAAGAAGGAACCGGGGUGGGCGAAGGCGGCGGCGCGCGCGGUGGCCGGCGAGGCGCGUGCGCAGCGGGGUAUCGCGCUUCCGCUGAUCGGCAUGAACCUGGCGGGGUUCGCCAAGGAGGCCACCACCACCGUCUUCCUCGGCCGGCUUGGCGAGCUGGAGCUGGUCGCCGGCUCGCUGGGCUUCAGCUUCGCCAGCGCCACGGGGAUCGCCGUGCUCACGGGCCUCUGCGGCGCCAUGGACCCCAUCUGCGGCCAGGCGCACGGCGCCGGGAACGCGGCGCUGCUCCGCAGGACGCUGCUGAUGACCACUGCCAUGCUCCUCGCGGCCUCCGUGCCCAUCGCGCUCCUCUGGCUCCACGUCGACGUCGUGCUCGCCCGCGUCUUUGGCCAGCAGCCUGACAUAUCCGCGGUGGCGAGGAGGUACGUCGUGUGCCUCCUCCCGGACCUUGCCGUCGCCUCUUUCCUCUGCCCGCUCAAGGCGUACCUGAGCUCGCAAGAGGUUACGCUCCCGGCGCUCUUCGCCUCCGUCGUGGGGCUCGCCGUACACGUCCCGCUCACCGUGUGGCUGUCACGGACCAGGGGCAUCGAGGGCGUCGCCGCCGCAUUCUGGCUCAGCGACCUCGCCACCGCUGUCGGGCUGGCCGCCUACGUCCUCCUCCUCGCGAAGAAGGACGACAAUGGCAAUGCGGAGGCGCCGCUGUGCGAGAGGUGGUGGUGGCCGGAGCCGGAGAGGAAGGCGGAAUGGGUGCGUCUGAUCCGGCUAUCCGUACCGUGCUGCCUGAACACGUGCCUAGAGUGGUGGUGCUACGAGAUCCUGAUCCUGCUCACGGGCCUCCUGCCCGACGCCCGGCGCGCGGUGGCGGUGAUCGCGGUGGCGCUCAACUUCGAGUACCUCUUCUACGCCAUCAUGCUCUCCCUCUCCGUGAGCGCCUCCGUGCGCGUCUCCAACUCCCUCGGCGCGGGCGAUGCAGCCGCCGCGCGCCGCGCCGCCACCAUCUCCAUCAUGGGCGCAAUCGUCGCCGGCGCCGCGGGAAGCGCGCUCAUGCUCGCGUCACGCCGGCAGUGGGCGCGGCUGUACACGCGGAGCGAGGGGGUGCGGGAAGGCGUGGCGAAGGCAAUGACGGUGAUGGCGGCGCUGGAGGUGGUGGACUUCCCGAUGCACGUGUGCGACGGCAUCGUGCGGGGCACGGCGAGGCCGGCGGUGGGGAUGUACGCCAUACUGGGAGGGUUUUAUCUCGUUGCGAUGCCGAUCGGGGUGGCGCUCGGGUUCAGGGCCCGGCUAGGGAUCGAGGGCCUGUUGGCAGGGCUCAUCGCCGGCGCGACGGUGAGUCUGGCGGUGCUGGUCGUGGUGAUCGCGCGCAUGGACUGGAAGGCCGAGGCUGCCAAGGCGCGCGCCCGUGCUGGUGUCGGCGCUGUUGGUGAUGAUGUGCCCGGUUCCGACAAGGAGGAGGCGACGUCCGGGGACGCCCGCCAGGUUUGACACGACGACUGACUGCAUUUUCAUAUCUAGGUGCUCGUUAGAUCUGGAAUUCCAACUCGAGCUGAUUUCUGUGAUAAGUAUUUACGGCUAGAGGGAGUUGUUUCUAUCCUGUAUUGUAUAUGUAUCCAUGUACUUCCUCCGUCCUCAAAUAAGUAAAAACAUUUAGUUUUAAACUUUGUCCACAAAAGAGUGUACUUCUAUCUUCUCAAUGCACUUUAAAGCAGUAGAAUUGCUUCUCUCUCAUCGCAUGGAAAUCGAACCAAUAAUAUUAAGCACAUGUUAUCCUUGUUUUCUACAUUCACUUAGCAUAUUGGAGGUGAAAUAAUUAUAGAGAAGAGAGAUAUUAUUUUA